AGGCUGGGAGAACUGGGGCGUGGCUUGUGUCACAGAAGUACAAAGGUUCUACUGGGGGAGAGUAACCUAUUUACCUGCCCAUAGAAGCCACACGGGAGAGUCAGUCGCUGCGCAUCCCAAGCUGCGGCACAGAGCGCUGAGUAUGGACGGAGAUAGGGGACCGACGCUGAGCGGACGGGGGGUGCCCCGGGUUCCCCCCAAUAUGAGGAGCGAAGCCGAGAGGCAGCGGAGCUUUAGGGCGUGGCCUCACACUUGCCGCACCGUCUCCCCCGCGGAACUUGCGCGUUCGGGGUUCUACUACCUGGGACCGGGGGACCGAGUGCAGUGUUUCUCCUGUGGGGGGGUCCUGAGGAGCUGGGAGCCGGGGGACCGGCCGGACACCGAGCACCGCAAGUUCUUCCCUUCCUGCCCCUUCCUCCAGGUGCGGCGGGGCCCCCCCGAGGGUACGGACUCUGUGGAUGGGCAGAUACUGGGGCAGCUUUCUGGGGAAGAACCGGACCGGACCUGGGAGCCAGUGUGCCCCCAAAUGGCGGGGGAAGGGGACCGACUGGGUUCCUUCAGCACCUGGCCCAGGUAUGCCAACGGGGACCCCCAGCAACUGGCAGGGGCCGGCUUCUUCUACACCGGGCACAGAGACCACGUCAAGUGUUUCCACUGUGAUGGGGGGCUGCGCAACUGGGAACAAGGCGACGACCCCUGGACAGAACAUGCCAAAUGGUUUCCAAUGUGCGACUUUCUGCUUCAGGUCAAGGGCGAGGCCUUUAUCCGUAGCGUUCAGGAGUCGUUCUUCAGCAGCCCGGAGACCUCGCCUGAAUCUGUGGGGUCCUAUGAGGGGAGUCCAGUCUCUUCCGCAGGUUCUCCCCCAGUCUGCCCGUUCCUCUCUACCUCUGUGGCACAGGGCGCCCUGCAGAUGGGCUUCAAGCGGAACCGGGUGUCGAGUCUGAUGAUAAACCGGUUUAUCCUGACUGGGUCUUGUUAUGGCUCCGUGUCGGAAUUGGUCACGGACCUGAUACGGGCAGAAGAGAUCCACGGCACAGAGUCGGUGAGUGUCCCAAGGGCCCCAACUCAAAGGGAAAGGCCUGAACCACCCAAGGAACCAGCGCCCCCACUCAGCACAGAGGAGCAGCUGCGGCAGCUGAAGGAAGAGCGGAUGUGCAAAGUGUGCAUGGAUAAUGAUGUUUCCAUGGUAUUCGUGCCCUGUGGGCAUCUAGUGGUCUGUACGGAGUGUGCCCCCAACCUCAGGCACUGCCCAAUCUGCCGGGCAGCCAUCAGGGGCAGCGUCAGAGCCUUCAUGUCCUGAUGCCACGGGAAGGUGGGUGAAGCCAUGAGAGACCCCGUGUUUGGAGCAUCAUCAGCCCCUUAAUGUUCCCUUUCUCUCCCCACACAGGAGAGGCUUCACCAAGUCCCUUUUUGCCCUUGACUGCUGCUGCGCUUACUGACCUGAGGGGGGCAGCACUCUUCCCUGUGUCGUUCAUGCCGCAACCUCCCCCUCUUCCCUGUUUGGAGAGUAAUUUGCAUUGAGAGAAUAUUUAUUUAACCAGUUAAUUAAGGUAAUUAUUGUAAUAAAGGUGAACGUGUUGCUGUGUAAUAAUAUUGUGCAAUAAAGUGACUUUUCUAUUCA